CAACCAUUGUCCACCUACCUCCCUCCUCCUCCUUCUCUUCCACCACCACCGACACACCGACCCACCGACCCACCGACCUCACCGAUCCAAACCUACCUAACGCAACCGAGAGAGACACAACCAUGGUCAUCAACCCAACCUAUCUCGCGCAACGAACGCGCUCCUCCGCGACAUGGAGUGAUGCGAAACAGAGAGUUUUGUCGAGUUAUCGGGAUUGGUUGAGAGCGGCACCGGAAGUCCAAACCAUGUAUUCGCUCAAUAUGCCCGUGUCGAAAAUUCGAACCAAAGUUCGACAGGAAUUUGAGAGGCAUCGAUAUGUGAAUCAGUUGAAGACGGUGGAUGUUUUGUUGUUUAAUAGUCAUCAGGAGUUUCAGGAAACCUUGAACUUCUGGAAGCAACUCACACACGUACUCAAGUACUUCCGAGCGGAAGAAGAUCCCAAAGGCUCUACGCUGCCGAAAAACUUCAUUCAAGGCUUCAUCGAGGGUCGCAACUGAAAAGUGUGCAUGCAUGCAAUAUGGAUCAAUCAUCAUGGAGUUUGUGCACUUGCAGCAAUGGUUGUACACAUAUCAUACCCAAAACAAACACGAUGACUGCGGACUGGUCUACUCCAUGAAUGUGGCUUACUUGCAUAAAAACGCUUUCCUCAUCUCCAUCUCAGCGCCUUUUUUCUCUCUCUCUUCCUUGCCAUCUGCGUGCGCUUCAUUGCUCGUUAUGGUGGUAGUCCUUCCGCCCUGCUGUCUUCUCGACAUAACAGUGGUCCCAAUCCUGCUGAGAUCAUAUUCUCGGCAAUCGAGCCAAAAGAGCUGAUCAGGUCAGGCUGGAAUAUUGCUCAGAUCCCAGGGUGCGUGUUUGGCGCUGCCAGGUCUCAUAUACCCCUAUCCAUUUCCACACCACACAAACAAACUUACGCCUCGUGCCGGGCUCACUUUGCCUUUUCUCAUGCAUGCGCUUCUUCUUUCUUCUUUCUUUCUUUUCCCUUUUCGAAUAGUAGUAGCUUGUGCAUCUCUCUCUCUCUC